AUGCAGAUUGACAAAUUAUGCCCUCGAUGUGGUGAAGACACAAAGUCUGUUAUGCACAUGUUAGUCUCCUGUCCUGACACUCAAAUAAUGUGGCGUAUCUCUCCUCUUAGACUUAAUGUUGCACAGUGGAGUAUGUACAAUUUUUUCGAGUGGUGCACCUUUGUGGUAAAAAUCUGCAAACUUAAAGACAGUUGGGAGCUUUUCCUUAUGUUCAUCUGGAAGAUAUGGGAAAUGAGGAACAAAUGGUUAUUUGAGCAGGUGAGAGUUGAUCCAUUAAUUGCCUGCUCAAAAACUCUGAAUUUUUUUGACGAAUAUGUGGCUGCGAACUUAAGGGAGCCCACGACCUCAAUCGAGAGAAGCAGCGAGGUUACAGGUCUCUGGAUCCCCCCGACAUCUAGCAGGUAUAAACUUAACACAGACGCUUCGAUUUCGAAAGACAGAAGGGGUGGUUUGGGUAUGGUGGUCAGGGACAACAUUGGUGAUGUGAUGAUGACAUGGGGUAAAUCACUCAAUGGCACUGGCAUCAUUAGUGAAAUCGAGGCUGUAGCUCUCCUUUUCGGCAUGAGAGCAGUGUUUGAUGCAGGUUUCAGGAAGUUGGAGGUCUCAUCUGAUUGCCUCCAAGUGAUUGAAUUGCUCAAUGGUUCUAAGCAUGAGAAUUCUCCUACUCAACUAAUUGUAACAGACAUUCUGAGUUUUGCUUAUAGUUUUGAUUUUGUGUGCUUUUCUUUUUGUCCUAGACUAUGUAACAAAGUGGCACACUCCAUGGCUAAUCUUUCUCUAUCUCUUAGUGAGGAAAGGUUCUGGAUGGAGGAUUGCCCUGCUUCUGUUUAUCCCCUUGUUGAUUUCGACAAGGUGGCUUUGUUUAAUUAA